AUCCCUGCCUCUCCGCACGGAUGGUUUCGCCCACGACUUCCUGCCUCUGAGCCGGCGAGAGGGGGGUGGCCGCGCGUUGUCCGGAAGUGCCGCUCCCCGCCGCGCGCUGUACUGGAGUGCCUCUGCAGCCGCUCCCCGCCGCGGACCCGCAGCCUCUCGAACCAACAGCCAACAUGUCUAGCAAAAGGGCAAAGACGAAGACCACCAAGAAGCGCCCUCAACGCGCCACUUCCAAUGUAUUUGCAAUGUUUGAUCAGUCACAAAUUCAAGAAUUCAAGGAGGCCUUCAACAUGAUUGACCAGAACAGGGAUGGCUUCAUUGACAAAGAGGACUUGCACGACAUGCUCGCCUCCCUCGGAAAGAAUCCAACAGAUGAAUACCUAGAUGCCAUGAUGAAUGAGGCUCCAGGCCCCAUAAACUUCACAAUGUUCCUCACAAUGUUUGGUGAGAAGUUAAAUGGCACAGACCCAGAAGACGUAAUCAGGAAUGCUUUUGCUUGCUUUGAUGAAGAAGCAACAGGGUUCAUUCAGGAAGACUACCUGCGAGAGCUGCUGACGACAAUGGGAGACAGAUUCACAGAUGAAGAGGUGGAUGAGCUCUACAGAGAGGCACCCAUUGACAAAAAGGGGAAUUUCAACUACAUUGAAUUCACGCGCAUCCUGAAACAUGGAGCAAAAGACAAGGAUGACUGAGCAAAUACGUGGAUACCUGCAGAUUCUCUGCUUUUACUCUUAUGUUUAUUUUUGAGGGUUUUUUCCUUAUAGAACUUGUUGCAUGCAUUUAGCUUUACAGCUUUUGCCUUUCUUGAUGUAUUUAUCUAUUCCAGGCCAUUUAGGCACAUUUGCACCUGUGCAAUCAGACUGGAAAUGGGGAAAAUAUUAUGCGGAAGAGGGUAUGGGGACAAAGAUGUGUGGACUUAGAUAGUCCAGGAAAAUAAUCUCAAUCUUUCUGGUUUAGCUGGAUUUUUACAUUUUUGUAAUAAAUGCCAUUUUGAAAUAAAGAUUGCUAUAUAGAUAAAAAUA